ACAUGCAUGUAAUGACGUAACAAUUAUCCAUCAGAAUCGGUCUUCCGACGUGUCCUUGUGAACCGUCUGCACUGAACGCCUUACGAAACCCGACGUUUGGUAACAACGUGUCCGACGACGUGACGGAACCAGUCUGCCCGAGCAGCAGGCACCGAGGACGGGGCAGAAGCGGCUUCGCGACACCGACGAGUUGACCUGCGCUGCGUUGUUGAAGUAUAUUGAAGUAUAUUGAAGUAUGUCCACGUCGCGCACCAUCAUUUGUUUACUGAGAAACGACCUGCGUCUCCACGACAAUGAGCUUUUCCACUGGGCCCAAAGAAAUGCAGAGUACAUUGUCCCACUAUACUGCUUCGACCCCAGACAUUAUGUGGGAACGUACAACUACAACCUACCAAAGACCGGGCCUUUCCGCCUGCACUUCUUACUGGAGGGUGUCAAGGACCUCAGAAACACAAUGCUCAGCAAGGGCAGCAACCUGGUGGUGAGACGGGGUAAGCCAGAGGAGGUAGUUGCAGACCUCAUCAAGCAACUGGGCUCUGUCAGCACUGUGGCGUUCCAUGAAGAGGUGACCUCGGAAGAACUGAAUGUGGAGAAGCGAGUGAAGGAUGUCUGCGCGCGGAUGAAAGUCAAAGUUCACACCUGCUGGGGCUCGACGCUGUACCACAGAGACGAUGUUCCCUUUCACCACAUAUCCAGGCUGCCUGAUGUGUACACUCAGUUCAGGAAGGCAGUGGAGACCCAGAGCAGGGUGAGGCCUCUGUUCCCGGCCCCUGAGCAGCUAAAGCCGCUCCCUGAAGGGCUGGAGGAAGGAGCCAUUCCCACAGCAGAGGACCUGGAACAGACAGGGCCCGUGACUGAUCCUCGCUCAGCCUUCCCCUGCAGUGGUGGUGAAAGUCAAGUUCUGGCCAGACUCAAACACUAUUUCUGGGACACUGAUGCAGUUGCAACCUACAAGGAGACUCGUAAUGGCUUGAUUGGUAUGGAUUAUUCUACUAAAUUUGCACCGUGGCUGGCGAUGGGUUGCAUUUCACCCAGGUAUAUUUAUCAUCAGAUCCAGCAGUAUGAGAAGGAGCGAACAGCCAAUCAGAGCACAUAUUGGGUCAUUUUUGAACUUUUGUGGAGGGAUUACUUCAAGUUUGUAGCCGUUAAGUACGGAAACCGACUGUUUCAGAUCAAAGGACUUCAAGAGAAAUCCGUUCCGUGGAAGAAGGACAUGACGCUGUUCAAUGCUUGGAAAGAGGGACGAACAGGAGUGCCCUUCGUGGACGCCAACAUGAGGGAGCUGGCAAUGACGGGCUUCAUGUCCAACAGGGGGCGGCAGAAUGUUGCUAGCUUCCUCACAAAGGACUUGGGCCUGGACUGGAGGAUGGGGGCUGAGUUGUUUGAAUACCUCCUGAUUGACCACGACGUCUGCAGCAACUAUGGGAACUGGCUUUACAGCGCCGGCAUCGGAAAUGAUCCCAGAGAGAACAGGAAGUUCAACAUGAUCAAGCAAGGCCUCGACUACGACGGCAAUGGCGACUACGUGCGACGCUGGGUCCCCGAGCUGCAGGGGAUCAGGGGGGCUGACGUGCACGCGCCCUGGACCCUCAGCACCCCCGCGCUGUCGCAUGCUGGCGUGUCCCUCGGCGAGACCUACCCCACCCCCAUCGUCAUGGCACCUGAAUGGAGCAGACACGUUAACAAGAAACCAAGUGGCGCAGGGCCUUCGCCGAGAGGGAGGAAGGGCCCGUCGCACACUCCCAAGCAACACGGGGACAGAGGCAUCGAUUUCUACUUCUCCAGAAGUAAAAAUCUGUGAGCCGUCUGAAAGGAAACGCUCAACAGGCGGACGGAUGCUCAUAGGACGGAAGCUCCAGUGACGCAGGACGUGCACCGUCGCUGUAGAACCGGAGUUGUUCGGGAGAAGUUGUCCUACGAGCAUUUGAGGAAAUGCAUGUGUGACUUGAAUUCCAGAAUGUGGUGCCAUUGUUUCUUGGUAAACAUAACCCCCAAAAGUGCCUUCAAUGCACUUGUUUCCUGUGACACUGCAGCCAGUUGAUAAAAUCACAAUGUGGUUUUAAGUUUGAAGCAGUGGAACAUUAUCAGAUGAUUUUUUUUAUGCAGAUAUUUUAUUUUCCUUUUUAUGC